GAGAGCAUUUGAACCGAAAAUACAACACAAGAAAAAUCAGUUAAAUAACUAUUAAUAUUAAUGUCCAUCAGUUGAUAGAAAGUAAUAAUAAUAAUAAUAAUGAGUCUAAAAGAGACACUUUUCAAGUCAACCAAACAUAAGACGUUUGCCAACGAAGAGUCGCUGCCAUCGUUGCCGGUGCCGACACUGCGGCCAACUCUUGACGUAUACCUGGACUCAGUGCGAGCCGUAGUCGAUGGACAACAGUAUGAGGCAACUGAAGAAAUUUGUCGCCAAUUUGAGUCGGGAAUCGGUAAACAAUUGCAAGACUUGUUUGAAAAACGGACAGAAAAUAGCAAGAAUUGGUUAACCGAUUGGUGGUUAGAGUACGCAUAUCUAAUGCAAAGAUUACCAUUGAUUCCCUAUUCAAAUAUGACUGGAGUUCAACCAAACUUUGACUUCUGGCCGCUUAAGACUGGAACUGGUAUUAAAAGGCUGGCAUUGAUGGCACACUUUAGUCUUGAUUUUUAUCAACUUUUAAGAAAGGAACAAUUGAAAGCCACUCGAGUUCGCAACGCUUUUUGGUCAAUGGAUCAGUUCAAGUAUUUGUAUAACACUUGCCGAAUACCGGGCCCAGAGAAAGAUACUUUGAAAAACACAUUUAAGACGGAAUCGGAAGGACCGAUUGCAUCGACAAUUACUAUAGUCCUCUAUAGAGGAUAUAUAUUUGCUUUUGACAAUCUGGUUAACGGACAGUUUCUUACGGCACCGGAAAUAGAAAUACAGUUGAAUUAUAUUGAGAAUUGGUGUCAAUCGCAGACCCAAUCGGGUCCCGGUGUUGGUUCACUUACUUCAACAGACCGAACCAAAUGGGCUGAAAACAGAAAAUAUUUGCAACAAUUGACUCAUGAAAAUGAAAAAUAUCUUAACAUUAUUGAGGAUGCAUUGUCUGUCUGUGCUCUCGAUGAUAACCAGCCUAACACUCCUUUAAAAACAUGUUAUCAAACAGCGUGCGGUAAUUGUGUCGAUCGUUGGGCGGAUAAAUCUAUUACAUUAGUUGCCUAUAGGAAUGGGAACCUGGCUUCCAGUGCCGAUCACACACCAUUUGAUGCAAUGUCAUUGGCCACACUCUCGCAAUAUAUCAAUCUAUCGGUGUUUGAGACUAAAGGAGAAUAUUACGGUCAGAUACCGGACCGAAAACUACCAGUGCCGAUGCUUUUAGACUUUCAAAUUGAUGACAAAUUGCGAACUGAGAUAACAAAAGCGCAACAAUCGUAUCGUACUAUCUGUGAUGGCAUUGACUAUCAUCACGAAGUUUUCAAAGAUUAUGGCCGCAGUUUGUCAGCCAAACAUCGUAUACAUCCCGAGGCGUAUAUUCAAAUUGCAAUGCAAUUGGCUUAUUAUCGAUUGCAUGGUAAACCUGCACCCACUUACUGUACGGCCACCACCAGACGCUUCUAUAAGGGUAGAACCGAAACGUGUCGGACAUGUACUCCCGAGGCCGUCGAGUUUGCCAUAUCUGUGAUCAAAGGCAACAGUGAUAAUAAUUAUUUAUUCAAUUUGCUACUGAAAGCCGGCCAAAAGUUUCAGCAAUCGAUGACAAACGCAUGCAAUGGACAAGGAUGUGAUCGUCAUUUUCUCGGCUUAUAUGUUACGUCAGUAGAGAACAACAUAGAGUUACCCGAGUUAUUCACCGAUUCGUCAUUCAUGCAAUCCGGUGGCAGCGGUACAUACGUGUUGUCGACCAGUUGUUCCGGCUAUUGGAAGUCAUGCGGCGGAAUGCCUCCGAUGCGUGAGGACGGCUAUUCGUGUUUCUACGGCAUUGAGAAUCAUCAGUACUCUUUCAAUAUAAUGACUUUCAAGUCGUGUCCCGAUACCAGUGCCCAACGGUUUUAUGAUAGUUUGCGUCAAUCAUUGCUUGAGAUGCGAAAUAUUUUAGACUCUCAAAAGUCAAACUCAACUACACUUCAACACAAUCUUUGAUAAGUUUAUUUAAUCCAAAAAUUUUAUAUUAUUUUUAUUUUGUUAUAUUUUAUUAACUUUAGUCUUUUAUUUAAAGAAAACAAAUUUUCAUUAUUAGUGCUAUUUUUUUAAAUGAAAUCUCAAUAUUUUUAUAUUAUUCCA